CAUGCCGCGUCCAGGCGGCGAGGGCCGCAUGCCCCAGCAGGCCGGGGCAAAGGCCUGUCGGGGGCGGGUCGGGGCAUCGAAGUGGGCUUGACCUAGGGAGCGGCGGCGGCGGCGGCAGGAGGAGGAGAAGGAGAAUGGAGGCGGUGGUGUUCGUCUUCUCUCUCCUGGAUUGUUGCGCUCUCAUCUUCCUCUCGGUCUACUUCAUAAUUACAUUGUCUGAUUUAGAAUGUGAUUACAUUAAUGCUAGAUCAUGUUGCUCAAAAUUAAACAAGUGGGUAAUUCCAGAAUUGAUUGGCCAUACUGUUGUCACUGUAUUAAUGCUGGUUUCCUUGCACUGGUUCAUCUUCAUUCUCAACUUACCUGUUGCCACUUGGAAUAUAUAUCGAUACAUUAUGGUGCCAAGUGGUAACAUGGGAGUGUUUGAUCCAACAGAAAUACAUAAUCGAGGGCAGCUGAAGUCGCACAUGAAAGAAGCCAUGAUCAAGCUCGGUUUCCACUUGCUCUGUUUCUUCAUGUACCUUUAUAGGUCAAACUGUAUGAAGGUAUCUUUACCAUCAUCUAUGUUCCCUUAUAUUUGUCUGUUUCUGAAGAGACAAAAAAAUAGCUGGAACUGAUUUAGCUAAAGGUACCCCUUUUUCAUCCUCCCUACCCUUAUAGGUUUUACACUGUUAGAAAGUGACUAGAGCAGCUGGUCCCUGGGUCUUGGUAACAUGAGCUUUCUUGGGAUAGUGCUGUAGGUACAGCCUGUGUAGUCACACCAUUGGGAGUAAUUAUAGAAUUGGGGAGCAGUAUCUUGCUUAGUAAAUGAAAGGUCUUAGGAUUUAAAAAUGUACAAGAGUUUGUGAACUUAGUUGUUGGACUUAAAGUAGUGGAAAGAUGGACUUAAGGAAUCAAGAAGCAAUUUGGGGGCAGGGUUAAGGUAUGGUUCUUUAUAACUAAAUAAAAGAUAGGCAGCCUAUGUAACUGGGUUGCCUGGGCAGCUGCAUCCUUCACUAGCUGCCUCUUUUCCUUUUAUCUCUUCUCUUCCUUUCCCCUUCCUUCUUAGGUUGUCAUUUGCAGCCCAUAAUUUGGUAGUGUUGCUCAUGGUUAGCAGGUCAGGAUGAAAUAAUCUGAGAUGUCCUGUGGCACUUUGUCCUUGGCUUUUGGUUGCUAUCCUUAAAAGUGGUUUCAUUACCAAAUCAUUAGCUUUGGUUGCAGGGAUUGUAUGCUGCUCCUUGUUUCUAGCACCAGCCACACCUUGCAUGGUAUCUUGCACAUGAGGUUCAAGGGCUUAUUAAAUAGAAUUAAAGUUGUGAAAAAACGCUCCUUAUCUUUAGAGAAUAAUGGAAUCUAUACCUUUGUUUUUUAGUUAAGUACUAGCCUAAUGGAAUCUGGGUUCUUCCAUUUAACUGUAACCUGGGGCAAGUUUCUUAAUCUCUUUGCCUCAAUUUUUUAUCUAAAAAUGGGAUGCUAGGGUGAUGCCUGUGGCUCAGUGAGUAGGGUACUGGCCCUAUAUUGAGGGUGGCAGGUUUGAACCCAGCCCCGUCCAAACUGCUACCAAAAAAUAGCGGGGCAUUGUGGCGGGUGCCCGUAGUCCCAGCUACUCGGGCGGCUGAGGCAAGAACAUCACCUAAGCACAAGAGCUGGAGGUUGAUGUGAGCUGUGACACUACGGCACUCUACUGAGGGCUACAAAGUGAGACUCUGUCUCUAAAAAAAAAAUAAAUAAAUAAAAUAAUAAUAAAAUAAAAAUGGGAUGCUAACCCUUUCUAAUCCAAUUUUUCUGCCACUUCCACAUUCCUUAGCUUUUAUUAAUUUUGGUCAGGAAAUUCUUAGGACAGGCAAAAAUAAAAAUAAAAAAAAAUUGCGGGCAGGAAAGAGGUUGGUGGAUUACUUGUAAUUAUUCUAUGUUUUUUUUUUUUUUUUUUUUUAAGAGAGUCUCAUUUUAUCACCCUUGGUAGAGUUCUGUGGCGUCACAGUUUACAGCAACCUCCAAUCUCCAACUCCUGGCCUUAGGUGAUUGUCUUGCCUCACCUCCUGAGUAGCUGGGACUACAGGCACCUGCUGCAAUGCCCGGUUAUUUUUUUGUUGCAGUUUGGCUGGGGCUGGGUUUGAACCUGCCAUCAUUGGUAUAUGGGGCCGGCACCCUACCCACUGAGCCACAGAUCUGGCUCUAUCUGAUGAUUUUAUUAUCUAUUUUAGUUUACUAAGUUAAUAGAAAUGUUUUGUUCAUUUUUGUGUAUAAUAUUUUAGGAUGUAAGUAUAGGAUUCCCUCUUGCAUGUCUCGCUGUAAAAGACGACUUCUCUUCUUCCACCUUUCACAUUUCUUCUGCUGCAAACCAUACAAUCCUGUGUUGAUUUCUUUUUAUUUUGCAUUAUAAAAUCCAUCUUCUGGCUGGGCGUGGUGGCUCACGCCUGUAAUCCCAGCAAUCUGGGAGGCCAAGGCAGGCAGAUCGCCUGAGCUCAUGAGUUGUGAGCUUGUGAGCAAUGUGAGGAACUCAAUGUAAUGUAAACUCUCAAAAAUCUUUCAAAAAUAUUAGUUAUCAACAUUCAUUUGCAUUGUACAUUGAAUAAAUUUAGUAUGGUUAAAUUUGGACAACUAGGCUCGGUGCCUGUGGCUCAAGUGGCUAAGGUGCUAGCCACAUGCACCUGAGCUGGCGAGUUCGAAUCCAGCCUGGCCCCGCCAAACAACAAUGACAGCUGCAACCAAAAAAUAGCUGGGCAUUGUGGCAGGUGCCUGUAGUCCCAGCUACUUGGGAGGCAGAGGCAGGAGAAUCGCUUGAGCCCAGGAGUUAGAGGUUGCUGUGAGCUGUGAUGCCACAGCACUCCACCCAGGGCAACAGCUUGAGGCUCUGUCUCAAAAAAAAAAAAAAAAAUUUUUUUUUUGACGACUAAUCAUCUAUACCUUUAUUAACAUAUUUUUGUGUACUUUAGGUAUUUGAUGUCAGCAGAGCAAGGCAGAUCCCAGUAUUUAAAAGGAAAGAAUUGUUUUGUUAUUAACUAUGGCAGUUUUAGUAGAAUAGUAGUUAUUGGGUGACUACCAUGUGGCAGACAUUGUGUAAGGUACCUGCAAAUGACAAAAAAAUCCCUGCAGUAAAAACUUGGAGCUUGGUAAUUACAGUCUGGGCACAGUAGAACGUCAAGUGGUGAUGCCUUGAUACUGCUCUCAUCUCAGAGGAGCUCACAACCCAGUGGUAAAGUCCAGUGUGUGAACCAUAGCAUGCAAGCAGGAAGAUGACAAGCUGUGGAAGGAUGUCAUGCAGCUGCCCUGGUUUGGGAGUCCAGCUUCCCAAAGGAGGUGCUUUAGAGCCCAAUCAUGAAGGCUGAGUAGUAAUUUAUUGGGUUGUAGGAUGGGGAGAAGAGAUGCCAGGCAUAGUGUCAGUAUAUACAAAGAUUUGGCUAGAUAAUUCAGGGUUUUUUUCUGGACAAUAAAUUACUUUUUUUAAAACUGUAGCCCAACAUUGGUUUUAUUAUAGGUUCCCUACCCCUAACCCCAGUUUAUUCUUUUUUAAGCAUUUUGUUCUGAGGCUCUAACCCAGUUUUAUUUUUAUUUAUUUAUUUAUUUAUUUUUUGCAGUUUUUGGCCAGGGCUGGGUUUGAACCCGCCACCUCUGGCAUAUGGGGCCAGUGCCCUACUCCAUUGAGCCACAGGUGCCGCCCAGUUUAUUCUUUUAGGAAUAAAAAAAAUUAAGAUAUUGAGAGGCUUUGAUAUAGAUAUUCUUUCCUUUAGUAUAAAUGAUUAUCUUUUACUCAAAUGAGUAUUCCUUGAUGAAUCUUAGGGAUGCAAGUCUGGAUAGACCAGGCUCUGUAGGAACAUUCCUAAAGAAACAUUGAUAACA